CGUGGCUGAGGCGGGGCAGCAGCGGCUCCAGUCAUGGCGGCGGCGACGGCGACAGCGAUGGGUUCUUCGCUGGUGGAGGCGGUGCUGGCCUGCUCUGGCCGCCUGGAGAAGGAGAGCCUCAGCGGCCGCAUCUCCCGACUCUCCGGCCGAGUGGAGGAGCUCAAGGACGAGGUUUGCAGCGUGAUCCACCAGCGUUACGUGGAGUUCCUUCCCAGCAUGCAAAGCGCCACGGACCUGGAGUCCCAAGUGCAGGAGCUGUCUGGGAACAUCGACCAGCUCAAGAUGAGGAUCGAGAACGAGGUUCAACAUGACCUUAAUGUGGCCAUUGCAGAAUUUGCUGAGCUGAAGCAGCAGCUGGAGAGAGACACGCUUAUUCUGACUGUGCUGAAACAGCUUCAGGAGUUUGACACUGCUCUCAAGCAAUUGAACAUCUUGCUGCCGCAGAAGAAGUAUAUGUCCGCUGCGCGCCAGCUGACCAAGGCCAGGAGGAAUAUGAAGGCGAUGGAAUCUCGCCGCGGCUUUGAGCUGAAGAUUCUCAAGGCCCUGAGCAGGGAACUCACGAUACAAUCUGAAAACAUCCUAUACCUUUUGGGUCAAGAGUGGCAGCAAAUGACUGUGUGGAACCUCCCUCAGUCGAAAGAAAUUGGCAGUUUGGAAUCGGCUACACAAACGGAGCUGCAUUUGUCCAAGGCAUUGCCCAAGGAUGGCAUGGUUACUGGCCCAACAGUGACAUCCGUGCUGCGGGCGUUUGCUAUACUAGGGGAGCUGCGUUCCAAGUUCAAGCUCUUUGGACAGCUAUUGCUGAAGCACAUCCUCAAGCCAUUGAUCUCUCACCCAUCACUACGUCCCUGCCUGGAAGAGAGGGCUGAUGCCGUCACACUGAGGUUCGAGUCAGUGGGCUCCAAUCUGGGCCAUCCAUCACCUGUGGAGGUCUUUUCAAAGCUCAAGUUGGUCCUCAGAAUCCUUCACAAGUAUCAGCUGGAUGUCCCCCUUGAGCAUGGUGUUGAAGAGGAGGAGGAGGAGGAGGAGGAUGACAUCCCCAAGCCUGUUUUGGCAGAAGCGCUGGGCAAUGAGAUCUGGAAGGAGAUGUCUGACUGUCUCAUCCGGGAUUGCCUGGUGCAUUCAAUCCCAAAGAACAGCAGCAAACUAGGACAAUAUAGCGAGGUUAUUAAAGCUGCAGAGGAAUUUGAAGAAGCCUUGAAGGACAUGCGGUUCCUGAAGGAGGAUUCCACUGACCUCUUGACCUACGCCCGCAACGUCAAUGGCCACUUUGCUGACAAAAAGUGCCAGGAUGUCAUAGUGGCAGCAAGAAGUUUAAUGACGUCGGAAAUACACAAUACCAUAAAGGUGACUCCAGACUCUUCAGUAACUCUGCCUCCAUUGCCUGAUCCUGGAGCAGGAGAUCAGUCAAAGGCACUGAAAUCUCCUGAUGCUCUUCUUAAGCAAGCGGCCAGUUUGGAGAAUGAGGCCAGGCUGAGCCGGCACACUUUGUCCUUUCCCACUUGCCGCAUCAGUGAUUCCGUCCAAAAAUUGAUGACGUUGGCUUACCAGACUCUUCAGGAGGCCUCAGCCAGCAUGGAUCAGUACCGUCUUCAGCUGUUCUACUCAGUGCGGAACAUCUUCCUCUUGUUCUGUGAUGUGGUGCCGAUGUAUCACAAAGAGAAUCUUCAGAAACUUCCCCAGCUGGCUGCUAUCCACCAUAACAACUGUAUGUACAUCGCCCACCAUCUCCUAACUCUGGGCCACCAGUUCCGAGGCCACCUGAAUGAUAUGACAGCCACCUUUGUGGACUUGGUGCCUGGAUUCAGGAAGCUUGGAAUGGAGUGUUUUGUGGCCCAGAUGCGAGUGCAGAAGGAAGAGCUGCUGGAGCGACUAUCAAGCGCGAGGAGUUUCUCUAAUGUGGACGACGAAGACAACUAUUAUGCAGCAAACAAAGCUAUACGGCAGGUCUUACACCAACUGAAGAGGCUGGGCAAAGUCUGGCAGGAUGUCCUUCCUGUGAAUGUCUACUGCAAGGCCAUGGGGACCCUGCUUAACAUGGCCCUCACUGAGAUUUUGAACAGAAUUACUGCCUUGGAGGACAUCUCUGCUGAGAACGCUGACCGAUUGCAUGUUCUAUGCCAGAUCAUGGUGGAUGAAGGGCCUGGCGUGUUUGUGCCCCUGCCAGGAGAAGAGCAGAACAGACCAUUCCAAGAAGAGGUCCCAGUCUACGUGCCAAAAUGGAUGACAUUCAGGGAGCUUAUGCUAGUGCUGCAGGCCAGUCUGCAAGAAAUAGUGGACAGGUGGGCUGAUGGCAAAGGGCCCCUUGCAGCUGAGUUUUCCCCAGGCGAGGUGAAGAACCUGAUACGAGCCUUGUUCCAAAACACAGAGCGGAGGGCGGCUGCCCUGGCAAAGAUCAAAUAGCGUUAAAGACUCCCUUCUCCUCCUAAACGGUCUUCCUGGGAGCGUGGCAUUUGGCACAGCCUGUGGCGCCUGUUCUUCCUCCAACUUGACUAUUUCCCUGUCCUCAGCCCCAAAGUACCUCCUGGCAUUGUUAUGCCAGGGUUUCCUAUCGGUCAGACCUAUGUGUUCACUGGAGCAUAAAGUGACACACUGGCCAAGGUACUAGUUAGCCUGAGGCCUCCAAAGACAAUUGCCUGAUGUGGUUCCCCCAGAAGGAAAAUGUCCCUGCUUGAUUAUAAACUCCUGGUGUUCAGCUCUUUCCAGCGUUCCCCCUUGACUUGCUUCAGGUAGUUUGGUGCAGGGUCUGUUUGGGUCUGGUGGGCCUUGUAGCCAGCCAGCCUGCCUCAGGGCUAACUCUGUCUGGGCCAUUCUGAGGCAAAGGGUGGCUUGUCAAUCCACGUGGAACAGCACCUAUGCAGUUUCUUUUUAAAAGGAGGCACCCUUUGUGUCUCUUACCUCAUCUCUUUUGCAAACACGAGACUUGAAAAAUAAAUAAUAAAAAUCUCUCAGCGGCCUUUCUGAGGCUUUUAAAAGUGCCAAAAUGUAAGUAACCCUGCUACUCUCUUAGUAAACUCUAUACAGCCAGGCCUCCAAAGGAGGAGGCAGGUGUUUCUCCUCUGCUAUGUUCCAUAUCUAAAAAGCUUUUGUCUGGAGAAGAGAGAAUGGGAUCGUUCUGUUCUCCAGGUCAGGUGCAGUGUCUGCAGCAGAGAAGCCUAUGUAUGUUCCUGACUGCAUGGAAGCCCCUUGCACUCAACAUGCAUAGUCUCUUCUGUUGCAGACAAUACAGUAUACACAAGGCAUCAAGUGUUCAGAUGCUGAGACCUGUGACAUACUCCAUGUUGGAUGUGCAUGUAUAUGUGUCUGUGGCUGGUGAAAGCUAUGCACAGAGAGCAUCUUUGAUGUCAAAGCCAGUUGCUCCUAUAAGCAUUUUCACCUUUCACUUAGCAAAUCUGUGGUGCCUACUCCCUUCUUUUCUUCACAUAGAGAAUCAGAAAUCAGUUGUCAGAAUGGGAGCUUUGUGAUUUUUAGUUUCUUUGACACUGGCGAUCGGAGAGUGUCUUUUGGAGUAACUCCACUCCUUUUUCAUUCCCCCCCCCCCCUUUGGCAUUAAAAAAUUAACAACACAAUCUCCAUGUGUUGGUUCAAAGGCUGAAACCCAAAAGUGGGGUCUGGGGGCGGAGGGGAGGAAAGCCGGUUGGUUGAAUCACUUGGAAUAAUGAAUAAUAAUUCUUAUGAAAUGUUUUGUAUUUUAUUCUGUUGCAAUGAGCUAACUUGUAUUACACCCUCAGGCUGGUUUGAUGCCCCCCCCCCAAAUUUGACUCAACUGAGGUUAUUAAAUAUGCAUCUAAGGCUCAAGCA